CGGGUAACCUGUUCUUAUGGUAAAGUACAGUGGGUUGAAGCAACUGAGCGUCUGACUGGGUAACUGGGGUUCUUAAUGACUGGGGGGUGAAGUUAUGAUCGUUCUCAAGUAAGUAUUGAGGUUAACUAGAGUUUGAUUGCUGCUAAGCAAUCCUAGAAUCGAAUCUAUCUACAUGGUAAUGAGCGUGCCUUAUAUAGACUAUGUUCCAAGUGUGAUCACUUUUGUGUAAGUGAUCAUGAUCACUCUGGGGUGAUCACGGCUGUGCUGAUCACUUCCUUGGCAAUGAUCGUGGUCACUCUUGUUCUGGUGAUCGGGUUAGGGUUUCUUAUCUUAUCACCACGUGACCUCGUGCUCCCCUUCUCUAUCCUUGGUUCGUGUUUCUUGGUUAGUUCUGGUUUGGGUUCCCGACACCUCUCUCAUUCUUGCCCAAUCGUGUCGGUACCAAUCCUGGUCGUAACAUCAGGUCUCCCCUCCCAAGGCCAAGUCCCGUGGCUGUAUAACCUGUCCGCCCGAUUUCCGCGUCCUCCGUUCGUCGUGAACGCCUGGCUGAAACCAUUGUUCUUGAGGGUUUCGAAGUCAUGCCGUGUUCUUCCUGUAAGGCCCGCGGCCACUCGUGUCGCAUGAUCUCAUCGAAUUCUCGAUGUAGCGAAUGUGUUCGUCGUGGUCGGAAGUGUGAUGCUACUUCCGUUCCUAUAACCAAUUUGGGUCGAUUGAAUCAAGAAAAGAAAAAGUUGGAGUUGCAGGAGUCUGAGGUCGAGGACGACAUUCUCCGUGUGCAACAGGAGAUUGCGCGCUUGCAGAGAGAAUCGUCUGAGAAGUUCAAUCGGUUGUUGCGAUUACGCAAACAGAAGCGCCUUCUCCAAUCUCGCAGCGAGGCUGAAGCUGUCCGUUUGGAUGCUGAGUUGUCGGUAGAGGAUGCUGUGGAAAGGGAUCGUUUGGGGGUCGACGAAUUGCCCUUCGAUGGUCCUUCUGAGUCAGGUCUGGUUCCUGAGCUGCGUUCCCUGGGUCACGUCGAUGUUGUCGACUGGUCCUCGGUGUUGGGUGCUGAUCCGCAAGACUGGGUUUUCGCAGAUUUAGCCCCUGGAAAUGGUAGGUGGUGCUUUCUUAGGUCGUCCUCUUUUCUUUGGCUGACUUGCUCGCAGAUCCAACUCCUGGUAGUAUUGACGGAGUGGUCCCUGGCAAUUCUGGAGGUGGCUGAGGGGUUCCCAAGUGUUUUCUUCGUGUCCGUAGUUUUCCCAUUUAACAAGGUACUCUGUUUUGCCGUGGUUUCGUCUGUGGUCGAGUAUUCGUUCAACGUCGUAGGUUUGUUCUGCGUCGAUUUCGAUUGUUUCUUGUGUGCUGGUGCCGUGUGGUGCCGGCUCCAGUAGUGAUACGUGAAAUGUGGGGUGAAUUUUCACGGUGUCUGGUAAUGACAGUCUGUAGUUGGUGUCGCUGAUUUUCUUACUGAUUUUAAAAGGUCCAAGUUUCUUGAAAUCAAGCUUGCUGUUUGGUCGUUGUGUUUUGAUAUUGCGUCGAAUAAGGUAGACGCUAUCUCCCUCCUUGAAGGAUGGU